UGCUGCAUGGAAUACAUCAAUUACAAUCCGAAUUAAUAAACGUUCGCCACGCAAAGCUUCCAAUUAAAAUCGCAACACUCUGUGUAUGUACGAACAUGAAUGGAUCCGAACGGUUCGUCGUGGUCACGGUCAAAAAGGAAGUGCAGUGUUUAAGAUAUUUAAACGAAUUAAAGUACUUUGAGAGAGGAAUGUAGUCAAAUACACAACCUAGCCCAUUCAAUAUUAUGAGUGAGUUGCAGUCAACAAUAGAAUUUUCAGUGGAACUAUUCAAAUUUUACAAUGUUGAUUUAUUUCAAAGAGGAAUGUAUCAGGUUCGAUGUGCCCUACGUGUUUCAUCAAAGUUAAACGUUGAAAUUGAAGUAACUACACCGGAAGUAACUACGGGCUUGGGCACUGCUAUCGUUCUAGGAAAUUAUGGAGCUUGUCGUCCGUUUCAGAUCCUUUACAGAAAUGAAGAAGUUACCCUUAAGGAUGUUGUUCUAUUCAGGUGCCACAUGCUAGUAGACGGCAACAACCUGAGGGAAUCCCUCGAACGCGCCGAGUUUUCUCUCAUUUUGGAACUAUGGUUUAGCGACACUUCUCCUGUAUCCAUGGUAAUGGUUUCUCAAAGAAUUUUACAACUGAACAUGUCACCUAUAGACGGCCUACAUUACCAUUUGCCUAUUUUGUUCGAUUACUUCCAUUUAUCGGCCAUUUCUUUGACUGUUCAUACAGCGUUGACUGCCUUACACCAGCCCUCAAUAAAGAAGGGACUACUUCGAUAUAUGCAAAGUUGCGCACCGAAACACUCGAAGUCUUGGAACAAAACCAGAACGGCCCAAAGUUCUUCUUUAACGGAUCCCGUCCUACCGACAGUGAGUAAUAAUAAUAAGAUAUAUAGCAGAAUUAACGAAUCGCCGCAGAUACAUUUAGAAGCCUAUAACGUAUUAAUAGAUUCCAGCAAUAAUCUUAAAAGUACUAUCAAGGAGUACAAGGCGUUGCUGCAGCAGAGGGAGGAAGUUGUGUCGGAUAAUUACGACACUCUCAUAGUGAAGUACAAUGAAUACGAUAGCACUAAGUUGAUGAAAAAAAGGCCUUACAAACAAAAUUCCGGGUUAGCCGAGGUGUGUGCCGAAAACAUAAAACUGUGGAAUUAUUUUUUACUGACCUUUAGUUGCAAAAUAGCUAUACAGCAAUACCUGAGCAAAAAGCACCACAAUCUGAGGGUGAGACGAUUCGCCGAAUUAUUCUUUUUAAUGUACAACCCUCGAAGUUCCGCCUUUGGAUGCCACGAUACGAAUUAUCAAAACUACCUCGUCAUAGCCGAAGUAGCUAGAAGGUCAAAGUACAUGCAAAUGCUUCCACCUUUACCGAUCCACUGCAUAGCUCUAGACGGCGAAACUGCGACCAUGCCAGUUAUUUUUGAAGAUCAAUAUCAGGAUCCUUUUGAAGCAAAGAAAAGAGCAAGCGAAGUUAGCCUAACUCAAAUUCCGGAACCUGAGAUAUGGAGAAAAUCUUCAAAAAUGGACCUAGACGAAACGAAUUGCUCCUGUAGUAUCGGAAAACUGUGGACGACCAAAAAAGGCUCAGAAAAAACCUUAGUUAGCGCCGACUUGUACAAUUUAACGGAUCCGAUGACUUUCGCCAUUCCAGCUAGACAUAGCAAAUCCCUUGAUCACUUGCAAAUGUGUUCGACGAACAGUUUUCGUUAUACUUUAAGCAACAGAGGCCAAGCAUACGUCGACCCAAGCCAAAGCAGAGAUAAAUUAUUUUUAUGUAAAACAGAACCAACUUUGAAAAACGUAGCUAGCGAACACAACAUGCGCAACAAGAGAUAUUUUUUAAACGAAGAAAAAGAAAACAUAUGCAAUUGUUCGUUCAACUACAAUACAAUCAAAGUCCCAAAAAAAACUAACCAAAUUCCUGCGGUCGAUAUUAACAUCGGCCUAAACAGUGAUAUUAUAGAAAAAAAGUACAAGCAAUUUAAUAUAAAGAAUUUAACUAAUGUCAAACGGCAAUAUCAUACUUUAGUAAAAUCGGUAAGUCAAACGCCUACUGAAAGUAUCCAAAAUAUAUUUCGUUCAAGUUCAGUCCAAUCCUUCUCUCCGAAAGGAAAAAAACUAAACAACGGUAUCAACAAGUUUAAUUCCCUAUUACUAAAACGAAAUAAAAAACCAAUCAAAAUUCUAGAAAAUGGAAUCGAAUCCGACCAAAAUCAAACAAAAAAAUCAAAAAACCGUUUAUCGAAUGGUACUACACACUUCGAAAUUGCCUCUACCAGUAGCUCGACUGAGAGUCUGUCGAAGGAAACAUACAAAACAGGGUUAAAUAGUGAACACGAAGCUUUAAUUAUUAGUUUUAAUGGUAUUAGGAAAGUUAGAAGUGCUUCUUGCUUAUUCGAAGAAUUCGUACCGCGUUCGUUAUCAGGCACAGAAUCACUGCCAAACAUCACUUCGAAAUUGGAAGAAAGACUUUAUCCGGAAUUAAAGUAUUAUAGUAGUUCGUCUUCUUCCGGUACAAGUGAGCAGAGCGGAUGGAUUACAUCAAGAAGCACCUCUCUAGCUUCCAGUACCGAAAUCGCCAUUCUGCCUCAUUGUCCUUCUUUAAUUUUCGAAACCGUACAAAAACGUUUGUUUACCAAUUUGGAACGGAAGAAGAGCAAAGAUAAAAUAUACGAAAAAGAUUAUACGAUACGAAACAAAUCAAAUAAAUUUUAUAUAGAUAGUGAUAGUUCUAAUAACGAUUUUAAGAAAAUUACCAAAAAAUAUGGCGAUUCUCUCUUACUUAAAGGCUGUGAAUUCAAUCAAAACAAUAUUUGCGAAGACAUCGCUCUUCCCCCUCCCAAACAAUUUAGAGACUUAGACUCGCCAUCCAGUUCAGUAACCAAUGGAAUUAACGAAGAAGAAAUUAAUGCCGUUGAUAACCUUCUGUACCAUGUGGUUGAUACUCAAACCAACCUUGAACGAAGACCAAGUCAAUUUGAUUUAUCGAAGGUGAACCAAACUGAGACUGAAGAUUAUAAUUUCACGAAAUCCCUGAACGGCGACUCCCUCAAAACCUUCCUCAAAGUAAAAAAGGAAUUCAAAAGUCAAUUAAACUUCUCGGGAUUGCUCUAUUCGGAUUUGAACAUGUUCGCAUCGACCAUCCCGUAUUUCCACAUCAGUGACGAGUUUCGGAUAUUUUCGCCAGAGGGCAUGCACCUGGUCGUGUGUGUCCAUGGAUUAGACGGCAACUCGGCAGAUCUCAGGCUUGUUAAAACUUAUUUGGAACUGGGAUUACCCGGAGCUUACUUGGAUUUCCUUAUGUCCGAGAGGAACCAGGGAGACACUUUUAGCGAUUUUGAUACUAUGACUGAUCGUUUAAUCAGCGAAAUUCUUCAGUAUUUAGAUACGAGUAGUAUACGACCAACAAGAAUAAGUUUCGUAGGUCAUUCUUUAGGCAAUAUCAUCAUCAGGUCGGCUCUAACAAGACCUCAAAUGAAAUUUCUUCUACCAAGACUGCAUACUUUCUUAUCACUUUCUGGACCACAUUUAGGAACAUUAUAUAAUAGUAGUGGAUUAGUUAAUAUGGGAAUGUGGUUUAUGCAAAAAUGGAAAAAAUCUGGAUCUCUUCUUCAACUGUGUUUAAAGGAUUGUGUAGAUCCUCGACAGUCUUUUUUAUAUCGAUUAAGUCAAAGAAGUACCUUACAUCAUUUUAAGAACAUCCUUUUAUGUGGAUCUGGCCAAGAUAGAUGGUGUCAUGUGAUUCAAUGCCCUUGAUUGCUUAUUCGUUGAACAAUUCUGAGUCGAAAAUGCCUUAUAAAAACUCAAUAGUUAAGAAGUACUGGGCAAUAUCAAAUUUAAUAGUACAUAAAUCUAGUAUGCCAUGUGUAUUGGUUUUUCCUGUUUGUAGUAAUUAUUUUGUCAUAUUUUUAUGAUGGUAUUGUUUAUUUGUUUAGCAGUGUCAUUUUAAGAUUAUAAUCUGGUUAAGUUUUAGAAGAACAAGAAUGUUUUGUUAGGCAGCAGGGGGACAUUUUGUUUUGUUCAAUUAUUUUAAUUAAAUUAGUGUUGGUAAUAAAAAUAAAAUUUGUUAAUUAAGAAAACAUUAAAUAUUACUUUA